AUGCUGUUAAACAUAUGUAAGAGUUUUCAGCUACCUCAAUCACUCAUUAUACGUAUUGAACGUGUUGGUAUUUUGCCGUCCGGUAACGAAUUCAAACUGAUUGACCAUGUGGGAUUCGGUGAGACUCUAGACGUGAGGGAUCUGUGCUUUUAUCGCGAUAAAGAGGUUGACUACGAUUUGGCGAUGUCUCGUCGUCCCGAAUCGACAUCGCGAAUCAUCGGCGGAGCAGCUGGUAAUGGGCGCUCUAGGGCUAAAAAACUUUCAUCAAACCUAGGAUUUGUACCACCGUUUGGAAUUAUAGAUGGUGGUUCUUUUGUGGCAGAGCGUCGCGAAUCUGCUCGUUAUAAAUACCAGUUACGAGCUGUUAGCGAACACCGCGGUGUACCACAAAGCGGACACUUCGUUACGUACCGGCGUGGGAUCAAUAAUCCCCAAACAUGGUAUCUCACCAAUGAUGCUAAGGUGCAACGGGUGCCAUAUUUGCAAGUUGUUAAAUCUCAAGCAUAUAUGCUUUAUUAUGAGCGAAUUCGACCAAAUCGAUGGUAUCAAAAGGACGAUCUUGUACUUAAACCAUGA